AUGGAAAAACGGGACGAAUUUUUGACGGCAAUGGCUGAAGACCUCGCCGAGUGGAUGCCUCGUCUCUUCUCGGAUCCUGCCGGCGAUCUGGAAGGCGACAAUUUCUUUGAAAAAAUCUCUGACGGCACACUUCUGUGCCACUACGCAAAGGAAUUACACCGACGCAUGCUUGACAGUAAUUCAGGCUACAAAGAUGUUUUUCUCUGUGUUCUCGUCUCAGUUCACUAG